AUGAAUAAUAGCAACCAGGCGGCACGCUACGGUGCAGGGCUUCCACCGGGAGUUCACAUGGCGUACCCGGCGGCGGCUGCGCCGAACCCGUAUCAAACGAUGCGCGGGGCCUACCCGGUUGCCACAACGGCAUUCGUGGCUCAACAGCAACAAAUGAUGGCCCAACAGCAGCAACAGCAGCAGUCUUAUCCGGCGACCGCCGCCUCUGUCGCUCACCACCCGCAACCGCAACCGCAACCGCAACCGCAACCGCAACCGCAACCGCAACCGCAACCGCAGCAACAGAAACAGCCGCAGCCGCAACAACAACAGCAGCGGGGGACUGUGGCGCUGGAGGGGCCAUAUGGUCUCUUGGCCCUUCCCGGGCUCAUUCAGCACGCACUGAAUCCGGAGAACCCAGAGAGUGCAGCCUUUCUCUACCUUACCCGAGGCUUUGACCUCACCUCACUUGGCAUCAACGUAGCACAGCAGCGUCCGCUGUACCCAACGCUGGCGAGCUUAGCGCUGGAGCGCCCUGAGGUGCCUGUCGCCGCGGAGUACCGCAUCCCCGACUGCUACAGGCAGGCCAAGCCGCGUCAGCCCACGCUAAAGCUACUGCAGAAGUACACGGACGAGACGCUGCUAUACAUAUUCUACUCCAUGCCACGUGACCUCCUGCAGGUAGCCGCCGCACGGGUUCUGCUGGAGCGGGGCUGGUGGUUUCACAAGGUGCGUCAGCAGUGGAUGCGGCGACGCACCGCCGGCGGGUACGACUUCUUCAACCAAAACAAGUGGAAGAUGGAGACGGAGGAGAACUACCAGCCAAACCUUGCAGAGGUCGAAAAGGACCUGUCGGACCCUGCCCGUGCGGGCCUUAGCGCGGUGGUGACCAGCAGCAGCAGUACUGCAGGUGGCACGGAUGGCGGGAGUAGUGCUAAUGCGCCCUCCACCACCGCACCCUCAACCUCCGCAGCUGCGCCGGAGUCACGGGUUCCUAACGCGUGA